CCCCCGCCCUCCACCGCCCACAGCCCCCGGUCUCGCCAUACCGCCCCCCCACCCCCCCCGAUCCCGCGCCCCCACCCCCACCCCAGCCCCCAACGACCCCUCACUCACCCCCACCGUCCCGCGGCGCCCCGCUCCAAGCCUCCCCGCAAAGGCGGCGUCACGUACUCCAACCCAGCGCCCCCCCCACCGGCACACCUCCCUCCCUUCUACCCACAAACCCUCCCAUCCCAAACCCACCCCUCCCCGACCCAUAAACCGAAAAUUCACCACACCACCCCGACCCCCAUCGUACCACACCCCAUCCCUCUCGCCGCCCCGGCUCCCUCCCCCUCCCACAAUGACCGGGCUCGCAACCCACCCGGCCUCCACUACGCACCCCCCCCCACGCCCCCCCCACGCCCCCCCUCUCACCCCGUACACCCCCCUCCCCCACACGCCCCCAAAAGAACCCCCCUGCCAGCACCCCGCGAUCACCCCCCCCGCUCCCCCCUCACCGGCCUCACGCCAAUUCCCACCACCCCCCCUCACCGCACCCUAUCAGCCCCCGCCCCGACCACGCCCCGCCCCCCCCCCCGCACACCCCACCCCCCGCCGCCCCCCCAACCGACCGCCCCGCCCGCAAGCGCUGCUUCCGCAUCACCCCACACCAACCAACACCGCCCCACCUCCCCCCCCUUCCCGGCCCGUGACGGCCGCUGCGCCCCCGCGCCACACGCCACACCCCAGUCCCCCCAGUCAGCCUGGACUCCGCCCCCCCCACCCGCCACCGCGCCCUUCCCCUUCCGCCAAGUGCCCUCCACCCCCGCUCUCCGGACCCAACCCUCGCCUGUUCCAACUACCCCCCUCCUCCCCAACCCUCACACCCCAAAACCGGCCACGUCAAGCACCGCCUCCACCCGCCCCCGCGCCCCCGCCCCUAGACCCCCGCCCGCCAACCCCGCACCAUCCGCUUCCAUAA